AUGAGUCGAGAAAGAGAUGUGAAGCCGCCAGUUCCCAGCAAACCCAGUCUAACCACAGCUUCAUGUGACGCUCCUCCAGCAGACGAGGGUUACAGAGAGAUCCGGGCACCUCCGAUUCCCCCCCGUCCCGCUUCAUCACAACCGGUCAGGAGUGACCCGGAUCAGCACCUGUAUGAGGACAUCUCAGUGCUGCUGGACCAGCGGAAAACCGAUGGAGGAGCUGAUUGUGCAGGGAAGGGGAAGCGCUUCUCAUCCUCCGGUUUGAUGGAGUCAGACACAGGUCUGCGUGUCAAAAGUGGGCUUUUGCCAGGUUGGGAUCAUGUGUUUGAUGAGGAGCAGCAGGAGGAGCAUGAUCAGUGCAGACGGUUCGCUCAGACGGUUCAGCGGGUCCGGUCAGGGGUUCAGCUCUACCAGCAGGUUCUGUUUCUCCGCGGCACCGGCAUGAUGAACUUCAUCACUCAGCUCAACUGCAUCGCCGACGAACUGGACAAGACGGUGAAGAAAACGCGCAUCGCGGGCAUCACGGGCGGCACCACGGGGGCCAUCGGAACGGCGGCUAUACUAGCGGGCAUCGCUCUGGCGCCCAUGACCCUCGGAGCCUCGCUGGCCGUGGCGGGGAUCGGCGUCGGUGUGGCGGCGGCCGGAGGCGUCACCGGAGCGUCAGCAGCCAUCAGCAAGAAAGUCAGAAAGACUCAGGACCGGAGGAAGGUGGAGAAGAUCCUCCGGAACUAUCAGAGCCAGAUGGAGGACGUGGAGGAGUGCCUGAAGUUCAUCGUCCUGCAG